AUGUCUUCAACUUUCCGCAGCUCGUCAACGACGAGCUCACCAACAAUAUCGGCAAUGACAACGCCAUUUGUACAGCCGACUUCCUGUGCAUCAUUAUGGAAGAUGGAAACAACUCUGAUAACCACGAACGGCACAAGAAGCCCCUUGACAAUUCUGAUGUCGAAUACGGCCGAUCCCAAGUUUUCAUCUUGUCAACCGGAUGGGUGGAAUCUCAACGCCUCAAAGCCGUUCACGUUCAGUCCGGCUGUCUGUCCGAGUGACUGGGUCUACUGCGAUUUGCAGCAGACUGUUUCACAUAUUCCUAUUACCGAGUACCACACAUAUUUGACGACAACGUUUUCAAUGGCAUACUGCUGCGCAAGCGGCUACAAUCUUUGGACUGGUAGUUACUCCCUCCCAGGAUUGUACAAUGGAUGCUAUCGGACUUUCAACGAGAGUAACCCCACUACAAUCACGCCCACGGUGGCAAACUGGACAACCAGCGGAAGCUUACCGGUAUUCACAAGCGGAAUCAUCGCACAUCAACCGUACACAGUUAGUUGGGCUUUGUCGGAUACUUAUACGAUGACUCCUUCGCUUCCACUGUUGACACAUAGCAUGCUCGUUCCUACAUGGAAGCCCGGCGAGAAGAUACCAGCUGGGAAGUAUGAUAGAGAGUGCAAAGGCUCGCGGGGAGACUACGGAAGCUACUGA